AUGCAUCGGAUCGCCCCGCGGCGGCGCAAGCUCCGGCUCCGGGCGCUGUGGGCUGCGCUGGCCCUGCUGGCCAUGUCAGUGGCCGCCUGCAGUGCGCUCUUCACGGCUUGGACCUGGCGCCAGACGCGGGACCUGUCCCAGUCCUUUCACAUCCUCCAGGAGCGCCUCGAGCAGGUCAACACGCAAAGGAAGGCCAUCGUGCAGCUGAUUCUGGAGAAAAGAGAGCUCCUGGUGGGCCAGAGAGUCAAGCGAGACGGGGGGGCCCUGCGCGGGAAGCACGGAAACGGCAAGAAAGCGGCGUCUCAUUUCGAGAUCACCAAAGUCUCCUCGCAACAAGUGGGAGAAGGCGGCGUGAUCAAAGGCUGGGAGGAGCGCGUGCUCAACAUGAGCAAAGCGGUCAGCUACGACAAGGAGGAAGGCACCUUCAUCGUGGAGAAACCGGGCGUUUACUUCCUCUUUUGUCAGGUUCUGUUCAACGAGCAGGAGUCGCAGUACGUUAAACUUGACGUGGUGACGGGCGGCCAGAGGCCUCAGAAGCUGCAGUGCAUGGAGGGCUACGGGACCACGCCGUCGGCGGGCCCGCACCCGUCGCACUUCCUCAAGCCCUGCCAGGUCUCUGGGCUCCUGCGCCUGGACAAAGGCGCCCGACUGCACGCCGUCACCGGCCCUUCCUUCCGCCUGCACACGGUGGGCAACCCUUCGGCCUCGCCUCACGUCUUCAGCAUCUUCAAAGUCAACUGA